ACAUGCUGCUGGACCUCAGUGAUGUUCUGCAGGUCAACGUCUACAUUUUGGGGAAAACCUUCCUGCUUCUGUCCAGAGAGCUGUGCAUCAAUGCCCCCGCCAUAGCUCUGCUGGUCGCAGCUCGUUUACACGACUUCUGUCGAACCAUCAAAGAAAUCAUAAAUGUUGUGAAAGUCUGCGACGCCACGCUCAGAAAGAGGCUGAACGAGUUUGAGAACACGCCCACCAGUCAGCUGACCAUCGAGGAGUUCAUGAGGAUCGAUCUGGACCAGGAGUGUGACCCGCCCUGUUUCACAGCUGGACUGGAGAAGAAGAAGCUCCAACAGCUGGAACUGGAGCUGAAGAAGAAGUUCAGGGUUGAAGAUGAAAUCCAGGAGUAUCAGGAUGAAAUCGAUGCCGAGCUGAAGAUGAGCCGACCCAAGCUGAGGGGCGUGUAUGCUGCCUACGUGAAGGAAGAGUUUAAAAGUGAGGAGCCUGACGUCACGCCGACCAAGGAGGCUGAUGAUGAAGAGCUCGAUGAAGAUGAUGAGCUCCAGGCCGUAGCCAGACACUUCGGCAGAGAGCUGUCAGAGCUGUCGCUGCAGACCCUCCUCAGACUGCAGAGCAGCAGACCUCAGGAGGAGGAGGAGCAGGAGGAGGAGGAGCAGGAGGAGGAAGAUGUGCCCCGGAGGAAAGGACCCACUCUGGCCUCCAUCCUGGGACCCAUGCCCUCAGCGGCCACUCUGGGUCUCAACGAGUCCAUCAGUACCUGGGUCAGGAAAGACCAGGAGGUACCUGCUGAGCGAGAAGGAGAUAAAGGUCAAGACGGCGCUGUGGAUGGCGGAGAACGCCGACUUCCUGAAGGAGCAGAAAGAAAAAGAAGCAAGGAUAGCCAAAGAGAAGGCGCUCGGGACCUACAAGGAGAAACGGCCCAGACGAGCUCCGAGGAGGCGUGUCCCCAUCACAGCCAGCACGGCCGACGAGGCCAUCGGCAAGAUGCUGGAGCAGAAGAAGAUCUCCUCCAAGAUCAACUACGACGUCCUGAAGGACCUGGAACCCAAGGCCGGCAGCAACCCCGCCCCCCCACUCCAGUCCCCCAAGAAGGAGCCGGCGCCCGUCAGGACCGCCGGACGACAGCGUGACCCGACUCGAGCGCCGCUGAACCUCAGCACGCCRCUCAGCACUCUGGGAAAAAGGCUGCAGCCGUUCAUCAGCCGACAGCCCAACAAGAAGCAGGCUGUGCAGCAGCCGGCGGCGUCCAGCCCGGCGCCAGCCCCUGCAGAGCCCCCCGUCAGCGGGGUGGUGGUGGAGAGCGGGCCCGUCGUCUACGAUGAAGGAGGCGCUGAUGAAGAGGAGGAGGAGGAGGAGGAGCCUUGUGUCAGCGCCAUGGAGCUGCUGGGCGGCAACGAUUACGGCUGUGAUGGAGAUUACGACGAUGGAUUCUAACCGACCCGACCCCACCUGGCCCACGGUACCUAACCCUGUUGAAUGUUUACAACCAGAAACAACCUGUGCUGCUACAGAUGAGAGCUGGGAUUAUAAUCUGAGUUCAGAUUAGACUGAACACUGUCAGACGAGACUCAGGACUCUGGAAAGUCUGGGUCUCAGGACCGGACCGACCCGAUGAAGAACUUAAAGUUGCUGCUGACGCCUGGAUUUAAUCUCAGGUCCUUAAAACAAACAUCAAGUUUUAAUCCCGCCUCUAAUCUGAAACACUAAGUAUAAAUUUAAUCUGUUUCAUUCAGGAGGAGGAGUUUUCAUUUCUUUUCUUGAAUGUGGUUCUUUAUGAUUUAUUAACUGAAUAAUCUGUGAUGGAGGGUUUCACAUGUCCAUGGUUGGAAAAAGAUGUUUGUUUUUGAUUUUGCUGCUUCAGGAAACUUUUCAUUAACUGAACAAAUAAAAAACUUUUUGUUUUGAGAAAA